AGGCUGGGCGAUAGGGGUAGCGGCUUCUGGCUCUGGGGCUAGAAAAGAGCUUCGAUGCCGGCGGCAGCGAUGAAGUCUAGAAGCCGGCUGAGUAGAGGCUGCUGCUGGUGGGCUCUUUGCAGAUGUUUUGCUGUCCUUAACCAUUCACCCAUUUGAAAACACCAGGCAAGCUCAACCAUCAGUAUGUCCAAGUACAAACUUAUUAUGUUAAGACAUGGAGAGGGUGCUUGGAAUAAGGAGAACCGUUUUUGUAGCUGGGUGGAUCAGAAACUUAACGAUGAAGGAAUGGAGGAAGCUCGAAAUUGUGGGAAGCAACUCAAAGCUCUAAACUUUGAGUUUGAUCUAGUAUUCACAUCUGUUCUUAAUCGGUCCAUUCACACAGCUUGGCUGAUCUUGGAAGAGCUAGGGCAGGAAUGGGUGCCUGUGGAAAGCUCUUGGCGUCUCAAUGAGCGUCACUAUGGGGCCUUAAUUGGGCUCAACAGGGAGAAGAUGGCUUUGAAUCAUGGUGAGGAGCAAGUGAAGAUCUGGAGAAGAAGCUACAAUGUGACCCCGCCUGCCAUUGAGGAGUCACAUCCCUACUACCAUGAGAUCUAUAAUGACCGAAGAUACAAAGUGUGUGACGUUCCCUUGGAUCAGCUGCCACGGUCUGAAAGCCUGAAGGAUGUUCUGGAGAGACUGCUUCCCUACUGGAAUGAGAGGAUUGCUCCUGAAGUUUUAAGUGGCAAAACUGUUCUGAUAUCUGCUCAUGGAAAUAGCAGCAGGGCACUCCUGAAACAUCUUGAAGGUAUCUCAGAUGAAGAUAUUAUUAAUGUAACUCUGCCUACUGGAGUCCCCAUUCUCCUAGAACUGGAUGAAAAUCUGCAUGCUGUUGGGCCCCACCAGUUCCUGGGUGACCAAGAGGCUAUCCAAGCAGCCAUCAAGAAAGUAGAGGAUCAAGGAAAAGUGAAACGGGCUGAAAAAUAAAGUCUUUCUCAAGUGCCAAGUAGGAAUAGAUCCUAAAGGAGUAGCAUGUAGUAUGUUUGGGUGCUGACCUCUUUAUUUUUUUGUAAAUUUUUUACAUUUUUCCACAGCUAGCCUAUGGGUUAGUUUGUAUAAAUACCUAGAUUACUUGGCCCAAAUAGGG